GCGAGUGUGACCGUCAAAGUCUCCAGAAGAACCGUGACUGGUUCUGCAACAUGCUCAAUAAAACUUACAGUUCAUUUCCUUAUAAAACUGCACUAACUCUACCUGAAACUACUCUUUUUUUUUUUUUUUUUUAAGGAAAGGGUCGUCACACCAAAUGACUUUCUUUCAUUUAUUACCCUUUACUGCUCUUUACAGUAUUUUUUAUUUUAUUUUAUUUAAAUGUAGAAACAAUGAAUUGCAUUAUUUUUGAAGAUAUCUUUUCUCUACAGCAUUUCUAUAUCUACAAGGAAUGUGUGAAAACAGUACAAUCAUUGGACUGAAAUAUGAAUCUGAAUAAAGACUGGUCGUUCACUCCUGUCACGCUUCCUGUGAGAGUCUUACUGCGCAUGCUCACGUCGCUGUCAGGGCACGGCUCGGCUACAGUAUGGCGGCGAGCUGCUGCUGGAAGGAUGAUGCUGUCGCCCAGUCCGCUGUUCAGGCUGCUUUCAGAAUGUGAAAGGAAUAUACACCGCGCACGGAAAGUGGACAACAACAAAGGCCUGUAGCCGUGGAACCGAGGAUGACCAGGCUUGCGGAUUAUUUCGUCGUGGUCGGCUACGAUCUCGAUAAGAGGGGAGGAAGUGAAGGUCAAGGUCGGAUCCUCCAGCGAUUCCCCGAGAAGGAUUGGGAGGAUAACCCCUUCCCCCAGGGCAUCGAGCUGUUCUGUCAGCCCAGCGGAUGGCAGCUGGUCCCCGAGCGACAGCCUCCCUCUUUCUUCGUGGCCGUCCUCACAGACAUCAACUCAGAACGCCAUUACUGUGCCUGCUUCACCUUCUGGGAGACUGUAGAUAACCCUCAGUUGCAGAAGGAAGAGCCCAGCGAGGCAGAUGAGGAUGAAAGCCCUGAUCUCAUCCAGACAGCACAGCUCUACGCCCCCAAGAGCCUGGUGGUGGUGUCCCGCCUGGACCACACCGAGGUGUUCAGGAACUGUCUGGGACUCAUCUACACCGUACAUGUGGAGCACGUCAAUGUUCCGCUGGAAACAGUGAUCGGGAAUCUCCUGACCUGCGUCAUUCCCAUCGCUGGAGGGUCUCAGAUAAACGAUACCCCAGUCUGUAGUUUAUCUGACUGGCUGCUGGGUUGUUUUCAGCCAGGCGAGGAGGACAGAGAGGACGUCUUGAGGACCAUCACCUUGGGGGCGGGAGACCGGCAGGUGAUCCAGACGCCCAUCAGUGACUCACUUCCUGUGAGCGGCUGCAGUGUGGCCCAGCUCUUCCGGCAGCUCGGCAUUGUGAAUGUUCUCUAUCUGUUCUGCGCCGCUCUAACCGAGCACAAGAUCCUUUUCCUGUCCAAGAGUUACCAGCGGCUCACCGACGCCUGCCGAGCUCUGCUGGCCAUCAUGUACCCACUCAAAUACAGCUUCACCUACGUCCCCAUCCUGCCCGGGAAGCUCCUGGAAGUCCUCAGCACCCCGACACCCUUCAUCAUCGGCGUCAACUCCUUCUUUCGCUCCGAGACUCAGGAGCUGUUGGACGUGAUCAUUGCCGAUCUGGACGGAGGCACCGUGACGAUCCCGGAGUGUGUCCACAUAUCUCUGCUGCCUGAGCCACUUCUGCAGCACACGCAGACGGUCCUCUCCAUGGUGUUGGAUCCGGAGCUGGCGGUGGCAGAUCAUGCCUUCCCGCCUUCCUCCACACAGCCUUCUGCUCUAAAAAUCCAGGAUAAAGAGAUCCGUGCCAUGUUCCUGUGGCUCUUUGCACAUCUCUUCCAGGGAUAUCGCUGGUGCCUGCAUAUCAUCCGUAUUCACCCAGAGCCUGUCAUUCGAUUCCAUAAGGCUGCCUUUCUGGGCCAGCGAGCGCUCUCUGAGGACGACUUCCUGAUGAAGGUGCUGGACGGCAUGGCGUUCGCGGGCUUCGUGUCGGAGAGAGGACCGCCGUACAGGCCCACCGAUCUGUUUGAUGAUCUCGUCGCCAACCAGGUGGAGAGGAUCCGAAAGGAGCAGAACGACGUGCACAGAGUGAUGAACCACAUCAAGGAGCUGGCCGAGCAGCUGUUCAAAAACGAGAACCCGUACCCUGCUGUAGCCAUGCACAAAUCUCAGCGUUCAGUGGAGAGCUCUCACUAUCAGUCCCAGUCUCCUGUCUCCCGGACCCCCUUCCCGCUCCUGGAUGAGGUCUCUGUCCAGCUGUUCAUCGAUCAUGCAGCUGCUAAGCUCAGAACCGCCCCUCCUGUGGUCAAAUCUGAGCUGAAGGAGAUGGUGCCCUCAGGACCUCCACUGGGUGAUAUUGUGGACAGAAACGGCAGUGUCCUAGCGAACAGUGCCCGGAGGCUGGAGGUAGUCAGGAACUGCAUCAUGUACAUAUUCGACAACAAGAUGCUGGAGGCCAAGAAGUUGAUGCCGGCGGUGUUGCGGGCACUGAAAGGGCGUGCAGCUCGUGUGUGUUUGACUCAGGAGCUGAACCAGCAUGUGCUGCAGAACAGAGCUGUGCUGGAUGACCAGCAGUUCGACUACGUUGUGCGGAUGAUGAACUGCACGCUGCAGGACUGCUCUCACAUGGAUGAAUACGGCAUUGCAGCAGCGCUCCUGCCCCUGGUCACUGCUUUCUGUCGGAAACUUGGUGGAGGCAUCACUCAGUUUGCCUACAGCUGUGUGCAGGAGCACAUGGUGUGGACCAACAUGCAGUUUUGGGAGGCCAUGUUUUACAGCGACGUGCAGGAUCAUAUCAGAGCUCUGUAUCUGGAGACAGAAGCGCGAGCCACAGCCGACCCUGAGGAGGAUGGCACGGGCAGGCCGGAUCAGGUCAGCGCUCUGGACUUGGCGUCGGAGCAGACGCGCCUGUGGCCUACACUGAGUAAAGAGAGUCAGCAGGAGCGUGUGCAGAAGGAGGAGAGCACCGUGUUCAGCCAGGCCAUCCACUACGCCAACCGCAUGAGCUACCUCCUGCUGCCGCUCGACACCAGCAAGAACCGGCUGCUGCGCACCACCGGCCUGGCCGAGGUGGAGAGCGUCAGCAACAGCUUUGUUACCAACAGCAUCGCUGGCAGUAUGGCCGAGAGCUACGAUACAGAGAGUGGCUUCGAGGACGCUGAGAGCUCAGACGUGGCCAAUUCAGUGGUGCGCUUCAUCAACCGCUUUGUGGAUAAAGUGUGCAAUGAAAGCGGCGUGACCAACGAACACCUGAAGGCCCUCCACAUCAUGAUACCAGAUAUCGUUCAGAUGCACAUCGAGACGUUGGAUGCGGUCCACCGAGAGAGCAAGAGACUGCCUCCUAUCCAAAAGCCCAAGCUCCUGAGGCCGACGCUAUUAGCGGGUGAGGAGUUUGUGAUGGACGGCAUGCGCGUGCAUCUCCUGUCAGACGGCCGAGACGAGGCCGCGGGUGCGAUGGGUGGUCCGCCCCUCCUCCCUGCCGAGGGUGCCAUCUUCCUCACCACCUACAGACUCAUCUUCAAGGGCACACCCAACGAUCCUCUGGUUGCAGAGCAGGUUGUGACGCGUUCCUUCCCCAUCGCCUCCCUCACUAAGGAGAAGAAGAUAAGCUGCAGUUUACCCAUGGACCAGUUCAUUCAGGAAGGCCUUCAGCUCCGCUCCUGUACCUUCCAGCUGAUGAAAAUAGCGUUCGAUGAGGAGGUGGCGUCAGACCUGGCCGAGGUUUUCCGGAAGCACAUGCACAAACUGCGCUACCCCCAGCACGUGCACGGCACGUUUGCCUUCACCGUGGGUCAGUCGGCCAAGAUGGUGGUGGAACACAAGACCAAGGACAAGAACCAGUCUCUAAAAACCCUCUCUAAAAACCUGGUGAAGAGUGCUAAGAAGACCAUCGGACGACAAUACGUGACCCGGAAGAAGUACACUCCUCCAACCUGGGAGCACCGUAGCAGUCUGCAGUCCGAAAUGGACGAAGACGAGAUCUCUGUGUCUGAGGAGCUGGAGCCGAACGCGCUCACGCUUUCCUCCACCAUCCGCUCGUCCGACCGCCAGACCAUGAGUAACGUAGUGGAGCGCGCUUGUUGUCGUGACUACCAACGGCUGGGUCUGGGCACGCUCAGUAACAGCCUGACGCGCUCGAAGAACGAGCCUUUUCGCAUCUCCACCGUCAACCGCAUGUACACCAUCUGCCGGAGUUAUCCUGGCCUGCUGAUCAUACCACAGAGCAUCCCCGAUGCGACACUCCACCGCAUCUCUCGCUGCUACAGACAGAACCGCUUCCCCGUGGUGUGCUGGAGGAACUCGCGCACUAAAGCCGUGCUCCUGCGCUCGGCCGGUCUGCACGCCAAGGGAGUCGUUGGAUUCUUCAAGUCUCCCAACGCCCCCAGUGCAGGUCCCUCUCAGGCUGACUCCACCAGUCUGGAGCAGGAGAAGUACCUGCAGGCCAUCAUCAGCUCCAUGCCAUCCUACAGUGAGGCCAGUGGAAGAAACACACUGAGCAGCUUCACAUCCAUGCACAUGAGCACCUCAGACUCAUCCGACAAAAUGAGGCAACCGAAAAUUGGAGCUCUUAUGAAGCAAGUUAUGGGCACUAAAGAGGAUGUGCCUGGAACCUUCAGUCGAGGAGCGCUGGGUCAGAGGGCAAGGGUCAUCUCCCUCUCUCAGCCUAAGGUUUCAGUCAAGGCCCGCAGCUCACCCAGAGGGAAGUGGGGCAGUAUCCGGGGCAGCGGGCGUCUCACUGGCUAUAAUCCUGAAGUGGGGAACCGGCUAGCAGUGAAAGACGGCCCUCAGGCAAACGGCGGUCCUACCGAGCCGUACUUCCUCCGCCAGCAAAGAGCGUAUCUCUAUAUCAUCGGGGACAAGAACCAGCUCAAGGGAGGAAAGCAGGACUCCUUCCAGCAGUGGGAGGUGGUACCCAUUGAGGUGUUCGACGUCCGGCAGGUGAAGAACAGUUUUAAGAAGCUGAUGAAGGCCUGCGUUCCUUCCUGUCCUUCCAGCGAUCCCAACAUGUCCUUCCACCACUGCUUAGAGGAGUCUGAAUGGAUGAAUCUGCUUCACAGGCUCCUUCAGGUGUCCGUUCUGGUGGUGGGGUUAUUAGACAGCGGCUCCUCGGUCAUGGUCAGCUUGGAGGACGGAUGGGACGUCACCACUCAGGUGGUGUCUCUGGUGCAGCUGCUGUCAGAUCCGUACUACCGCACGUUCGACGGCUUCCGGCUGCUGGUGGAGAAGGAGUGGCUGUCGUUCGGCCAUCGCUUCAGCCACCGCGGCGCUCAGACGCUGGCCAGCCAGAGCAGCGGCUUCACGCCCGUCUUCCUGCAGUUCCUCGACUGCGUGCACCAGAUCCAUCAUCAGUUCCCUAUGGAGUUUGAGUUCAGUCAGUACUAUCUGAAGUUCCUGGCUUAUCACUAUGUGUCUAAUCGCUUCCGGACCUUUCUGCUGGACUCUGAUUACGAGCGUAUAGAGCUGGGUGUUUUGUAUGAGGAAAAAGGAGAGCGGAAGAACCCUCAGGUGUGUAAGUCCGUGUGGGAUUACAUCGACCGUCUGCACAAGAAGACCCCCGUCUUCUACAAUUACAUGUUCUCUCCAGAAGAAGACGAGGUCCUAAAGCCCUACACUUUCAUCUCCAACCUGAAGGUGUGGGACUUCUACACGGAGGAGACGCUCUCCGAGGGGCCGUCCUACGACUGGGAGUUGGUGCGAGGGAAACCCGAGGGGCCGGAUGAGGAGAGAGUCGAGACGACCGCGCCCAAAUCACAGAGGCAGGUGGUGUGGCCCUGUUAUGACAGCCUGAGCAAAGUGAUGCCGGACGCCAUCACCAAACUGCUGCAGGAUUUGCAGAGCCUUGAGGCUGAGCUUGGACAUACCUCUGAGAGAUGGAAGGAGACGUGGGAUAAGAUAAAGAACACGCAACGCACCGAGACCAAACUGGAGAGUCGGCCCUCAUUCUCCAGCUCGCUCCUCAUGUCAUCCAACCUUACCCACCAGAGACGCACUCAGGGCAUGUACCUGCAGGAGAGCGGUGUCGGCUCCUCCAUCAACCUGGCGCUGGAGUGCGAGGCCAGUGCCACCUCCACACCCGCCACCAACCGCACCAGCACCAGCACGCUCUACUCCCAGUUCAGGAGCACCGAGAGUGAGAACCGGAGCUUUGAAGGAAUCUUAUUUAAGAGAGGAGCUUUGCUGAAACCGUGGAAGCCACGCUGGUUUGUGCUGGACAAGACCAAACACCAGUUGAGAUACUACGAGGCGAGGCAGGAUAAAGAGUGCAAGGGGGUUAUUGAACUGGCCGAGGUGGAGUUUGUCAUCCCGGGCACUCCUGCCAUGGGAGCCCCAAAAAACAUAGAGGAAAAAGCCUUCUUCGAUCUAAAAACGACCAAACGAGUGUACAACUUCUGUGCGCAGGACAGCCAAAACGCACAGCUGUGGAUGGACAGUAUUCAGAGUUGCCUAUCUGAUGCCUAGAUGAAAGGCAGGCGUGUGUGGAAGAGAGACGUUACUGUGAUUGGACACAUGGGUGAUGGCCAUGGCUCUCAGCCGACGAUGGCGCAGAGAGAAAACGGCGUUGAUCUUAUUAAAAAAGAAAAAAAAAAAGGUGCACUGCACCACAUUUCAGUGUUUUUGUAUAAAAACAAAUUACAAAAAGCAAGGGGGAAAAAAAAGCCUAAACAAAGAACUCCCUGAAAGACUGACAUGGACAUGAGUAGUCCAACCACUAUACACACCUCCCGGAUGUUCUCUUUUGCUCUGUGGAUAUGAGGCAUGGCGUCACUAAUACAAAUUUCUCGUGCCCUUUCUUCCUUCCAAACUACUGCCAGAUAAAGAAUGCUAUGCAGGGGUCUGAGCAUGCCCAGUACAGCACCUCAAUGACCCAAGCAAUGACUUUAUAACACCGUUAGCAUCACUUCAGCUCUACACUGUCAGAUUCCACGCCACGUUUUAAGACACGCCCAUUUCCCUGUAAAUCAUGAUUGUUCACCGCGCUUGGAUUCCUUUUCACUCAUAACAGCGACGAUCCCGAAGCAUACAGAAGCACGACGUCCUUUCAACGGUUCAUGAAGGAUCUUUACGGUUACCUGGUUUCAUGUACAGAUCUAAAAAUAUCAGUAUAUAUCCGCUAUCCCAAUGUUAGUCAUUCCUAACUCCUCCACAUGCCAGUUCUCACGUUAGCGUGUUUACAGAAACCAAUAAGAACCACUAUUAACUUUAACAAUGUAAGGAUCUGUUGUGUUGUGGUGAUUUAAAUUAUGCUUAAAAUAUCUAUUUUUUAAAUGUCAUGCACAUGAGCAGGUGAAGUGGUCUCUUGAUGGAUCUCCACUUCAACAAGUUUACACCGGUCAUUAGGCUGAUUUGGAAUAUAUAUUUUUUUUCUUUUUUUUAAAUAAAGUGGCCCAUCCAUAUUUAAUAAUCUUUUCAUACCCGCUGAAGUCGUCAUUUGGUGGAGUUUUUAAUAACUCUGGCAACCUGUGCUUAUCUAUGGACCCUACAUUAAAAUAGCUUCUUUCCUUUUUUUUCUUUUUUUUUUUUUUUAUUUUUUUUUUUUAUUUUUUAUUUAUUAUUAUUUUAUUUAGAAUUGUUAAUCAGAAGCUCAGGGUCACCUGAUCUCCAAUCACACACCUUGUCAUUGUCCGAAGCAGUGUUUUUAGCUACGGUCUGUUACUUUCGCUUCAGUCCUGUACAUAGAGGAGUUUCCAUCUGUAUUAUUUAGAAAGCGUCUAUUUAGCUGGUCUUGGUGAGGAUGCAAAUAAGUGUCACCCCCCCCCCCCGCCCCCUUUUUUUUUUUUUUAAACCUCCGAAUACAAAAUACAUAAACUAACACAUCCACAUAUAUAUGUAUGUAUGUAUGUAUGUAUGUAUGUACACACAUACAGUGUAAAAUAGGGUAAUUCCGCUGUCAUGUUGAACAUAAAAUUUGAAUUGUAGAUUUUUUUUUGUUCUGAUAACUCCCUUUGUACAUAAUAUCCAGAUUUCUAUGUUUGUUAGUAAUUUAUUUAACUUUGUCUCCUCAAAACACCACUUAACGUUUUGAAUUAGAAACUCCAAUAUGUGCCAUUUGUUUAUUUCUGUAUUAACUAUUGACUAAUGCAAUUUUUUUUUUUAAACCUUCAGAUAUGACUCAAAUAAAUCCUCAGUGUCUUUUUUCUAACAUGGUGGUCCUCUCACACGGUACCGUCUCCUGAGGUGGGUUGGUGUUAUAGGAGCAGGAUUACAGAGAGUGUGUUGUUCUUGGAGUGCGCAUUCAUUCUCUUACUCAAACAGCACGCUUAUACAUUUAUACUGUUGCAAUAAAUUAUAUCCAGCUUAAAGAAUACCCUUUUUGGGGGGCCAAGCACUAUGUAUUGGGAAUACUUUUGGGGGCGGCAAGCACUAUGUAUUGGGAAUACCUUUUUAGAAGGGGCCAAGCACUAUGUAUUGGGACUACCCUUUUUUGGGGGGCCAAGCACUAUGCAUUGGGAAUACCUUUUUUUGAAGGGGCCAAGCACUAUGCAUUGGGAAUACCUUUUUUGAAGGGGCCAAGCACUAUGUAUUGGGAAUACCCUUUUUGGGUGGGCCAAGCACUAUGUAUUGGGAAUACCCUUUUUUUGGAGGGGGGGGGGCAAGCACUAUGUA